UUAACCUUCUCCUUUCUAUUCUGUUCUAUAGGGGCGACCGAGGCAGAGGCCGUGGCGGACGCUUUGGUUCCAGGUUCCGGCCCUUUGUGCCGCACAUCCCCUUUGAUUUCUAUGUCUGUGAGAUGGCUUUCCCUCGGGUAAAACCUGCGGCCGAUGAGAGCGCGUUCAGCGAGGCCUUGCUGAAAAGGAACCAGGAUUUGGCACCGACCGCUGCAGAACAGGCUUCUAUUCUUUCUCUGGUGACCAAAAUCAACAACGUCAUCGAUAAUCUCAUCGUAGCGCCGGGGACUUUUGAAGUGCAAAUCGAGGAGGUUCGCCAGGUGGGCUCCUACAAGAAGGGCACCAUGACGACGGGGCACAACGUGGCUGAUCUGGUUGUCAUCCUGAAGAUCUUACCCACCUUGGAAGCUGUGGCAGCCCUUGGAAACAAAGUAGUCGAAAGCCUUAGAGCUCAGGACCCCAGUGAAGUCCUUACCAUGCUGACCAACGAGACCGGCUUUGAGAUCAGCUCAGCUGAUGCGACGGUGAAGAUCCUCAUCACCACGGUGCCGCCCAACCUCCGUAAAUUGGACCCUGAGCUGCACUUGGACAUCAAGGUGCUGCAGAGCGCCCUGGCCGCCAUCAGACACGCUCGCUGGUUCGAAGAGAACGCUUCUCAAUCCACGGUGAAGGUUUUAAUCCGGCUGCUGAAGGACCUGAGGAUUCGGUUCCCCGGCUUUGAGCCUCUCACCCCCUGGAUUCUGGAUUUGCUGGGCCAUUACGCUGUGAUGAACAACCCCACCAGGCAGCCCCUGGCUCUCAACAUCGCCUACAGGCGUUGCCUUCAGAUCCUGGCUGCUGGGCUCUUCCUGCCCGGAUCCGUUGGUAUCACUGAUCCUUGUGAGAGUGGGAACUUCAGGGUCCACACAGUCAUGACUCUGGAGCAGCAGGACAUGGUGUGUUACACAGCGCAGACGCUCGUCCGGAUCCUCUCUCAUGGAGGCUACAGGAAGAUCUUGGGCCAGGAGGGUGAUGCCAGCUAUCUGGCUUCUGAGAUGUCCACGUGGGAUGGCGUGAUAGUGACGCCUUCAGAAAAAGCUUAUGAGAAACCUCCAGAGAAGAAAGAAGGAGAAGAGGAGGAGGAGAACCAGGAAGAACCCGCUGCAGGCGAGGAGGAGGAAAGCAUGGAGACCCAGGAGUGAUUUGCCCAGCCCCCAUUCUAUCCCUGCAGCACCAGCAGCUGGAGGAAGGACACGAAGAACUGAGCAGAGGAACCAACAUGUCCCCAGCAAACCGCUGCCAUCUGCCCCCUUGUAUUUGUUUUUAUAGGUUCACAUUAAAGUAUUCUCCCUUUUGA